AUGGCAAAACGACUUACCGAGGAGGAGAAGGCGAGGAGGGAGGAGCAGAAGAAGAAGGAGAAGGCGGAGAAGGCGGCGAAGAGGAAGGAAGAGGCUGCUGCGAAGGGAAAGCAGACAGCUGGUCGAGGGCGACGAAAGCAACCAAAGACCCCCGAGAUGGUCCCUUCCGACGACGAGGGCAGGGCUGGAGACGGCGACGGCGUUGGGAGUGCAGGAGGUAAGCGCCGAGCCACACGUCAGGGCAACACGCGUGCGGCGAAGAAGGCCAGGACAGCGGAGGGAUCAACUGCUGAGCAAGGAGACGAUACCAGCAAGGCGGUGGAGGGUGAGAGUAAUGGGGAAGGGGAAGUAAUGGAUGUCGAUGCGCAGGACACCAACCAGGCUAGUGCUAGCACUAUAGCGGGUACUGAAAAGGCCAAGAAGGUUACCAAGAAGAAGGAUGUGAAGGUCGACGAGGAGGAACAAAGCAUGACACUCGAACAACGGCUCGAACGACGUUCGAACAUCCACGAUGACAUGGCACGCAUGCUCGAAGCUCGAGGGGAGGUUGCUGGGCACUACAUGGACCUCCAGGUGACCGUAACCUCGAGUUUCCUGGGCUACGCAUUGGUGUACAUGGGCGGAGGUCCGUCAUUCAAUAACCAGCACCUCCAGACGUUCACCGCGAACCGCUCCAAGUUCCUUCGUCGGGGUAUUUACCAGUUUGAGGGCCCUGACGAGGCGAACCUGCGUUUCAUAUCCAUGUUGCCCCUCGAGUACCGCACGUUCAACAAUCGCCCCCUCGUUAAAUCCGUCUUUGAUGAACUUUUGGCCGCUGGACCUAACCUCGCACCCCAGGCGUUCGAACACGCCAUCGUUCUCGCCCUUCCCGGAUCCGUGAUCGACAAGGCCAGCACGUUUUCGGAGGAGCCACCUAAGUUCCCUUGGGACGUCAAGAAGCUCCGUAUCAACCCAGAUGCUGUCAAGGAGUACAACGAGAAGCAUCAAGACGAGCCAGCGGCUGCUCACCUGGUGAACGGCGCCCAUCGGGGAGAGGUUAUGGAGGCGUUAACAAAGGACAUGCGGGCGACGUGGGCAGACCUGCUUGUCGCAGCGGCAAACAGCCAAAGUUCAGAGGACAAGGAGAAGGUCCUGGCCGCCAUCCGUAAGGACACCAAGCUCCUCGAGGAGACCGGAUUCUGGUGCGCCAAGAUCUACGACUUGGAGUCCCUCCGCUCUGCGAAGCAUGGUAUUGAAGGGUUGCGUAUGCUCGCCGCCAACCCCGACUUUGCCUCCUCGCCCGACCGACCUUUCGACACUCUCAGGAACACUGUGACCGUUCUUAUCACCCUCCCCGCCGAGUACAAGGUCUGGAAGAAGCAGAUCUCCUACCUACCGAGCGAGCCCCUCCUCCGAUCAUUGACGGACUCCCCAGUCGCACUCGAAGACGUCAUUCACACAUUUGCUACGGAUGCCCACAGGCAUGGGACCCACUGCAAGCUCUCGUACGCGUUUUUCGAAAACUAUCGAGGGCUGAUUGGGUCGAUCAUCUCCCCCCUCAUUCGCUCCAUGUUCCGCCCAGUCUCAUGGCUGGCAGCCCCAGCAAGUGCCGUCCCAGCUGGGUCAUCGUACGACCCCUCAUUCGUCCAGAUGGGUUACGACUCACUUGGCCCGUCGUUCUGGGAAGCUGUCGACAAGGCGUAUGUUGACAAGCUCAAGCCCUUCUUCGUAUCGUUUGCGACCCCACGAGUCCAUCUGGAAGAAGAGUCGGCGGGAUGGCUUAAGGCUGUCUCAGAGUUCUACGACGCAGUUCACGCUUGGCUGGUCGAGAACGCCGACAGGGCUAAGAAGGCCGAAGAAACCGGGCUCAAGAUCCCUCACCUUGACACUAUCCUACUUAUGCCCGAACGCCUGCGCAAGAUUCAAGACUCGAUCGCCAAGAAAGAAGACGGAGAGUGGGCGCUUCCCAUCUACGUCCCCCAGUUUGUUUGGAAGCUUGUGGAGGACCUUCGUACCCGGUCUGAGGGUAUCAAAGUUGCCAUUUCCCUCAUCGACCCUGGUUUCCUGGCGCCAAUCCACGGCAACAACAAUUACGACUACACCAUCGAAGAUGUAGCUCGGUGGAUCGCUACGCACCCCAAGGAUGGUGUCACUAACCCGGGCGACUUUAUGGAGGACGACUGCUCAGAAGCUAUUCUCGACGGGUUCCGAAAGGUCAUAUUUCGCUAUCGCAACAGCGCACUGGUUGAUUGGACAAAGGGUCGAGCAGCGUGGAGUUGGUUGGGCAAAGGGGCACCUAUCGGUGCGGGGUUGAGCAAGCUCAGCCACCACACCGAGUACACUAACCAUGUCCAGAAUUCUGUCAAGUACAUCCCCCUGAUGCUGCGUGAGUACGCUACACUCCAGUCCGAGCAGGAGGCCAAACACGUUGCCGAGUAUCCGGAGCUCGCCCCUUCAGUCAAGGCUCGAAACGGCACCAACUACCCUAUCGCACCCAAGUCCAUUCCUGAUGACAAGCGCCCCAAACCCCCCGAUGUUUACCCCGAAUACUACAGCUGGGUCGAGCCACUUCUCAUCCGAACUGGGCGCCCUUGGAUGGCUUGGACCCCAGGAAAAUCCAACCAGGCGCAUAACCUGCGCGCUAUGUCAGCCACGACAUCGUUCUGGAGGAAUCUCAUCGCUCUUCCUAAGCUCGCCGACAUGGUCAAGACCGACGCACUUACUUGGGCGGUCUAUGGCGAACUCUUGGAAGUCAUCCACACCCAUCGAAAGGACUGGUCCCCUUGGCACGGCAUUGGGAAGAACGACCAUCAGGCUACGUCAGAGUCAUCCCAGCUCUUCAGUGAACGCAAGGUUCAGGACUACAAGGAAGCCCAUGACCUCGAAUCUCUCAUACGUGUUCAAACCGUUGACAUGGCUCGCUUCUACAACUCUCUCGUCCGAUCGUUCGCUAUUUCGUAUACUGUCAGCGUGAAGGAAAAGGGGAAGCACGUUCAAAAGUCGUUCACUCGCAUUCCAGUGGCCGCCCGCAAUGACUUUAUCAGCGCGCUGAGGCGCGCGUGCUACAAGUGCAUGCUUGAACGCGUGCGCUUUGCCAAAGUCACUCUCAAAGGGGGCAAGCAGAUGAGGCUCGACGCGACCGACCUUAGCAUCAUGGACGACGUCCUCGAGCGCGAGUUCGACAUCACCAUACCACCCGAGGACUCCGAUAUGUUCAUGACAUUGGACGAACUUCAAAGCGCUGUCCGACCGUUGAAGAAAAAGGAGAAAGUGCUCGCUCUAAUGGGCAAAGGACCUGCUGAGCCCCUUCGAUCAUCAAAACUAGGGGUUGCCGUACCCAUCCCCAACGCGCCCAACUACAAGAUCAAGAAACCCAAGGUCAAGAAGCCAGCCCAGCGUCUCCCCCAAGGUGGGGUCACGUUGAUGAACAUUGAAGGGGAGAACGACGAGGAGAUGGAAGACGUUCAAGCAGAGGAGAACGAGCAGGAUGAGGAGGAGGAGGAGGAGGAGGCAAACGAGGACGACGGCGAGCAGGAGGAGCAGGAUGACGAAAACGAAGGCGAUGACGACGAGGGCGAUGACGAGGACGAGGAUGAGGGCGAUGAUGACGACGAGGGCGACGACGACGACGACGACGACGACGACGACGACGACGACGACGAGGGUGAAGGUGAGGGACUUAGGGUUAGGGUUAGGGUGUAG